AUGGCCUCGAAAACAUCCAAAUGGGCCACCACCGCCAACGAUGACGACGACGCCGCAGAAAUGGCCGCAGCUCAGGCCCAGCGGAGGAAAGAGAAAGCAGAAAGAAAAAGACUGAAGGAAGGGAAAGCCCGGAACACGGCGGCGGUGUCAACGGCGACCCAAGUCCCCUCCUCUGCGGCGACGGACGACUACUCUGAGCGACCGAGCAAACGGGCACGUACAGCGUCGUUCGACCAUGAAGAAGAGAAUGGCACGUUACCAGCGGUCCAACAACCUCCCGCACCGCAGGUGGAAAGCAACGACGACGUAGAAGGUGCACACCUGCUCCGGUUUCCCAGCCGCGACUUCGGGCCCUGCGGCCACGUCGAACAGUUCGAGCUGCUGAACAACAUCGAAGAGGGCUCCUACGGCGUGGUGUCGCGCGCACGGCGGAAGACGUCGGGCGAGAUCGUGGCCCUGAAGAGGUUGAAGAUGGACCACACCAACGACGGGUUCCCCGUGACGGGCCUGCGCGAGAUCCAGACGCUGAUGGCGUGUCGUCGCGACGACGACGCCGCUCCCGCCAACAACGUGGUCCAGCUGCGCGAGGUGGUCGUGGGCGACAGUUUGAAAGAGUAA